CGACAACAAAGGCAGCUUCGGGGAACUUACCGGAGCCCGCGGCUCUCCCGAGCUGCUCUAUAAAAGACAUCCAUGACUUGGGCUUGAGCACUUGCGUCUGGCAGACUACUGGAAGAUGCAUCGAGGUGUGUUGACAGUGGUGGCGGCAAUGUUGGUGAAGGUGGUGGUGGCUGAGCCCUGCUCCACUUGCCACCACCACCACCGUCACGGAGGCGGCGGAGGUGGAGGAGCAUUGGCAGUCAGUGCUCUUGCCUUCGUUGGAGGGUACGAGCUAGGGCGGCAGAGUCAGUACAACUAUGGGGGCAGGGGCAGCAGUGAUUAUUGCCCUGACUGCGGUUGCGGCGGCUGCGGGGAGUCCUGCGGCUGGUGUGGGGGCAACUACGGUCGCAGGAGACGCAGGAGCAUUCAGGGAUUUCUGGAGGAUGCAGAGAUCAAGAAGACUUACAGUCAAAUCGCAGCCGAAGACAAGGAUCAGUGCGGACUGCGGCUGGUGUGUGAGCUGGCCCAGAAGGACCCCAGAGAGCUAGCUGAAGACGAGAUACAAAUUCUCACUCCUUACAAAGGUACGGGAGAGAGUGAUGGCACUACGUAUGGCAACUAUGACGAGGCAGCGUGGCAUGGCCAAGAGGGCCACUCCUGCCCCACCAACUACCCGCUCUGCGCCUUCACCGCCCAGCAGGUCAUGGAGGAGUAUCGUAGUUACACCCAGGACCAUUCGCAAGACGGUGACAAGUAGUUCCCUCACGUUACUCAGGUUAAGGCCCAUCCCCUAAUUGCAUUUACUAGAUUAGAAUCAGAGUUUUCAGAUCAUAUGGCUUGCAAACUAUGUGUGUGCACGCUUUUAGUACGCUAGAAGUAGUACAAGUUAUAUGGAUGGAGUGUGAUGAGUACGAGUGGACAGGAGACAUCUCCCGUCACGCAGGGUGCAGUCGCACCUCCGCAGAUCUUCAGUAUCAGCUCUUGAUACUGGUAAUGGCUCAAAAGGGCUACCACCUACGGGCUAUUCAUGCCUGUGCCACCUCUUGGGUGGCUUAAUCUUCAUCAAUCUUCAAUCUUCAGUUCGAGUGUAGUGCAGUUGACGCUGGUACGUCUCAGGGUGUGGGUCGAGACACACACAUUUUACUGUGUAAUUCACAUAAGUUAGUCGCUGAAUGCAGCCAGUCCUCAUAAACAUUGGCCAACUGCUCUAGCCGCCACCCACCCUGCUUAUGAAAUACACAGAAACUAUACACACAACUGAAUGAAUGACGUUAAAAAGUUUUCUUGGACAGUGUUUCGCUCGCUGUCAAUGUUCGAAUCGCACUUCUAAACGGCUUCAUGCACGUUAAUCCCAGUCACCCCUCUAUGCACUGUAUACCAAGUGAAGUCAUCUCUUGAACCUUAAUAUUCAGAUAUUGACUUUCAAAUUGCCCUGUUUUGUAAUGUUUUCUGUAUCCAAAUAAACUGAA